CGAUUCGGACCCAACAGAAUCAUUCUUCCACCAGCUCCAUCUCAAGAUCAACCUCGUAAUAGGGUCGGGCAGGAUGUCAGGCCAGAACGAAGAGGUUUCGAAGCUUAAAAACGAGAUAAUUAAAUGCCAAGAGGAGACGCUGCAGCUAUUCCACGAGAAGCAGCGGUGGCCGGACAAAUGUUAUGUUCUGGAACAGACAAAACAAAAAGCCGUAGCUGACCUCAGAAAACAACUAUCAAGUAAAUCCACCCAAACAUCUCAUCUCGAGGAUCUCAACUCGGCCUUGAAGGCUGAGGACAAGUUGCACACUCUGCUAAAUGGGACUUUAACAGAUAUCCAAAUUGAGUAUGAUGAAUAUAAGAAAUCCAACGCAAUGCACCUGAUAGAUGUAGCGCAGCGGUUGGAUGAGGCAAAGAAGAGGUUGUCUGAUCAAGAGUCAGAAAUCAAUAGGCUGUGCAAAAGUCGCGUAAUGAUGGAGAAGACACUAGAAAAUCUUAAUGCUUUCUGUGAGGCUGUGUAUUCUACUCUCGAACCAAAGGAGUCUAGUGGUGUCUCUUUCGUCAAGGAAGAUAAGCUUGAUCACCCUGGUGGACAAGAUGGACAGAAGCCGCAAAAAAGGCUAGAUCCGAAGAAGUCUCGAUAGGAUACUUAACAUGGAAUAAUGAAGACCUCUUUGGAGCAUGUUGGCUGUGAGUGGAACUUUGACUAAUGGACCAGGAACUAUGCAAUUAUUCGAGUCUUUUUACUUGUUUUCUUUUAUAGUUGGGAUUCCAGUUGUUUAUUAUGUUUCUAAGUCAUUGCUAGAUGUUCAAAUUCUGCUUAGACAUUUUUACUGCUCUUUUGACAUUGUUUAAAUUAUAUUUUUCGAUGAAUUUUUAAACUACUCUAUGGUUUCAUGUU